AUUGGAGUGACACCUCACUGUGUUGGGAGACUCCGCCCCUGUAUUUAGCCUGACUAAAGUCGAGUAUAAUAGUGUGGUGAGGCUGCUAUCAGUAGCAGAGUCUUACCAAUUAUGCAUAUGGUGCAGUAGAGUCUAGAUUACCGACUAUGUUACCGACCAGUUUGACAAUCCCCACAAGCCUUGCUCACGGGCUGUACGCGGCGCCCAUGAUGUUCGCACUGCCUACACUCAACUUUACGCCAGAACAAGUGGCAAGAGUGUGCGAGACUCUAGAGGAGAGCGGGGACAUUGAACGACUGGGGCGAUUUCUGUGGUCUCUCCCUGUCAACCCGGCAGCAUGCGAGGCUCUAAACAAGAGCGAGUCUGUGCUCAGGGCCCGGUCCCUGGUGUCGUUCCACACGGGAAACUUCAGAGAACUUUACCACAUUUUGGAGAGUCACAGGUUCACCAAAGAGUCCCAUGCCAAGCUACAAGCUAUGUGGCUCGAGGCACACUACCAGGAAGCGGAAAAACUUCGCGGCCGACCCCUUGGCCCCGUCGAUAAAUACAGGGUCCGCAAGAAGUUUCCUCUCCCCCGCACGAUUUGGGACGGGGAGCAAAAGACACACUGUUUCAAAGAAAGAACGAGAAAUCUAUUACGAGAAUGGUAUCUUCAAGAUCCUUACCCAAAUCCGACUAAAAAGCGUGAGCUGGCGCAGGCGACAGGGCUCACCCCCACCCAAGUUGGCAACUGGUUUAAAAACAGAAGACAGAGAGACAGAGCCGCAGCUGCCAAAAACAGAUAUCAGCACCAUCACAGUAGGCUGGGAGCUUCUUCGCCGGUAGAAGGUGCUACAAAAUUUUACGACGACCACAAAGCGGACACAACGUCAGAGUCGUUAUGCUCAUCGCCGCCAAUAUCGCCGGGAGGGCCGGAGAUGCCCGAUCUCCCCGAGACCCCGCCCCCACUGCCAGACUCCCCACAACACGAUGUCAGAGACGCUACAUCCCCGUCGUCAUCGACGUCGUAAACAGUAUUUUCAAGUAAUUUUUAGAAACGUGACUGUUGUUGUACGUGUCGGAUAUCUGCAAGUCAUGGUGCAAAAUGGCGUAAAUAGAAAUAUGCCGCCAUGGAGGACUUUGAACAACAAACCAGGAGCAUUUUAAAGUUUAUCUAAAAAGACUGGAAACAAAAACUGGGAUAUUAAGCUAAUCUUAAAAGGAAUUUACUGUUAAAACCAUAAAAUGCUUUAUUUCGUUAAAUAGCUUAAUUUCUCAUGGAUAAUUUGCCAUUUUCUAAGAUCACUGAGGGAAAUACAUGAAAACUAUUUUGACAACUUCUAAAGAUCUAUCCGAUGUUUCGACCGCACAUAUUUUAACAUAUAUAUUCUUCUAAAAGAAGAGAGCUUUUUGUUUUGUAUUUAUGUCACUUUCAAAUUAUUGU